AUGCCAAACUCGUCUUUUGUCGUCGGAGUUGGCAUGACGCCGUUCCUCUCCCCCAAAAAGUCUGCCAAUCUAGCAGCCAACCCGCAAUCGGAUUAUCUCGAUCUCGCUGUCGAAGCCUGCGUCAAAGCUCUACUAGACGCAGGCCUCACUUUUGACAAGGUAGAUCAAGGCAUAGGAUGCUACGUCUUUGGCGAUUCAACAUGCGCACAGCGCGUCUUUUACAGCCUCGGCAUGACGGGCAUCCCCAUUCUCAAUGUUCACAAUUACUGCAGCUCUGGCAGCACGGGUCUAUGGCUUGCGAAUCAAGCCAUCCGCUCUGGCGACGCCGAUUGUGUGCUGGUCGCUGGAUUUGACAAGAUGUAUCCGGGCGUGCUGCCACAGACACAUAAAGAUCGCACCAAUCCCCUGUCGCGUGUUCUAGACCUGUCCAAGACACAGAUUCCCGAAUCUGAGCGAGGCAAGCCGUCGCCGGGAUGGAGCCCUCAGCUUUAUGGCAAUGCCCAGGCAGAGUAUCUGCAGCGAUAUGGAGGCCCGGGUGGUGCUGAGAGGAGGGAUUUUGCACAGAUUACUGCUGUUAACAGAGAGCACGGUACUCGCAAUCCCUACUCUCAGCUGUCCAAGGCCGUUUCGGCUGAAGAUGUCUUGUCUAGCCCUGUGAUAGCGGGGGAUAUUACGCGACUGCAAUGCUGUCCUUCUUCCACCGGCGCAGCAGCAGCAGUGAUUGUCUCGGAAUCCUUCUUGGCUGCUCACCCUUAUCUCCGCAGCACCGCCGUUCAGAUCGCCGGCCAGUCUCUAGCCACUGACUCCUGCAAGCUUUAUGAAUCGAAAAGUGCGAUUGAGCUUAUAGGCUCUGACAUGACACGAAACGCUGCAAAACGCGCCUAUGAACAAGCGGGCAUCACUCCCAAGGACGUAUCAGUCAUUGAGCUGCAUGAUUGCUUCACCACGAAUGAAAUGUGCGCUCUUGAGGGUUUGGGAUUGGCCGAGGAAGGCAAAGGGUGGAAGUUGGUUCGUGAUGGUCUCAUCACUUAUAAUCCGAACAAGGGGAAAGGGUGGAUCGUGAAUCCGAGUGGAGGACUCAUCUCCAAGGGGCAUCCGCUGGGGGCCACUGGACUGGCACAAUGUGCAGAACUGGUCUGGCAUCUUCGCGGAUGGACAAAGCGUCGAUCUGUCGCCUCGACAAAGUACUGUCUGCAGCACAACAUGGGCAUGGGAGGCGCCACAGUCGUGACGAUAUACAAAAGGGUAGACGGUGAGGUAGCUCCAAGCAUUGAAGACACAAAGCCAAAGGAAGAUGGGCGCAGUCGCAUGGGCUAUAAUCCUGCUGAGGAGGCCCGAUCCAUCAGUCGUGAAGAUUGGAAGAGCGUCCUUGCUGAGGGAGAAGCAAGUUCGGCGUGGGCAGCGGCAGAGUUGCCAUGGAAUCUGAAUCCGGGAGCGUAUAGCGCCAGAGCCAAGUUGUAG